UCCGAGGAGCACGCAAACGCGUCGCCAACGGUCCAGCUUGGAAAGCCAAGAUGGAGGACAACGCUUCAAAACAAAUGCCCGAAAACCUGGACGACCCUCCCAACAGCCGUCUGUUCGUGGUCACCAGUCGCUGUGUGACAGAAGACGAGCUUCGGGAGAGCUUCAGUAAGUUUGGGUACAUUCAGGGGGUCUGGCUGAUUAAAGACAAGCAGACAAAGGAGCCCAAAGGCAUCGCCUAUGUGAAGUUCGCCAAGUCGUCCCACGCCUGUUUGGCCAUGGAGGAAAUGCACGGGAAGGUGCUGGUGGAGGGGACUAAACCAAUAAAGGUGUUUAUUGCACAGUCGCGUCCAUCAUCGAGAAACAGAGACAUCGAGGACGAGGAGCUGACCAGGAUCUUCGUCAUGAUUCCCAAAGUCUUCACAGAGGAGGACCUCAAAAACACGUUCAAAGAGUACGGAGAUAUUGAGUACUGCGUCAUCAUCAAAAAUAAGUCCACAGGGGAGAGUAAGGGCCUGGGCUAUGUGCGGUACUUCAAGCCCUCUCAAGCUGCCCUCGCCAUAGAGAACUGUGACAAAUCGUACAGGGCCGUCCUGGCGGAACCUCGCAGCAAAAACAACUCGUCUGAAGACGCAGGACGAAGCCGGGGCGGAGACUACAGCUCUGCUGACCCACCUAACCAGUAUCCCAUCGCCUCCCCUGAUCAGGGAGGCUUCUCCAUGCUGGACUUCCGGCAGAGUGAAUUAACGCGCUCUCUGAUUUUGACCACCCGGGCCGCCCUCACUCAAGAGCAGAUUUUCGCCCUGUUUGACAUCAUCCCUGGCAUGGAGUACUGCGAGCUUCAGAGAGACUCCUACGGCAUGACCACAGGUCACGCUCUGAUUCGCUACAAUAAUCUGGGAUCAGCAGUUUAUGCCAAGGAGAAACUGGACUACUUCGAGUAUCCGCCUGGCAACAGACUUCAGUUGAUUUUUUAUGACGACGGAGAGAGCCCCGCAGGCCGGAUGGCCACCCAGAUGGUGACGGCUCAGAUCCACGGGUCGAUGUGGAAUGGAGCCUCCAGCAGCAAGAUGAUCAAACCUGCCCAGGGCUUCCCGUCGGCCUCGCCGGUGACCCGCAUCCAGACAGACGCCAACCUGCCUCCUCCGAAGAAGCUAGCCCCGUCUGACAGCAAAGCCAAGGAGCGGCUGUUUGUGGUGUUCAACCCCUCGCCCCUGCCGUACGACGUGCUGGAGGACGUCUUCUGUCGCUUUGGUUCCCUCAUCGAGGUCCAUUUAGUUCCCGGGAGGAAGGUUGGAUACAUGAAGUACGCUGACAAACAGAGUGCCACCGAGGCCAUGGCGCUGCUCCACGGUCGGACUGUCAACGGAGUCAAGCUGAAGGUGAUGCUGGCGGAUCCUCCCCGGGAGGAGUCUCACAAGCGUCUUCGUACCUACUAGGACGGCGGCUCGAGAGCAGGCGACUGUUGUCAUGACAAAACGACACCUGACCUGACAGACCGACAGACAGCAACGUCUCCUCCUGACCUCUGACCCGACCCCUUUGUCUGACCUGUAUGCCGUCUGUGAAGAAGUUUGGCUUUUCUGUGUUGAAUGAUGUCUGGCUUUGAUUCCCACCGAGGGGCAGAGCUGUGGAUGAUGAGGCGAUGAGCAGUGGCUGGUUUAGUGAGAGGUGGAAGCAGGGGCCUGUAGACUGAACUGUGAACCCAUUCUGAGCUCACCUAAAUGUGUUCUUUGAACCCAUCCUUUCCUUAAUAAAAACUACAUCAAGCUCUG